AUGCAUAAUGUCUCCCAUGCAUUGCAGCACCUCAGCAGAAAGCAGCAUCCUUUCACUCCUCCCUCUCUGUGCAUCUCUCCUACAGCAGCCUCUCUGCUCCCCACCUCAUCACCAUGGCCAGUACUGUGUCAGAAGCAAAAAUGGAGAAGCAGCCUUACACCCAAGCCUACAAGGAGAAAAUGAAGGAACUCUCUCUGCUCUCCCUGAUCUGCUCCUGUUUCCACACCCAGCCGCACCCCAAUACCAUCUAUCAAUAUGGAGAUAUGGAAGUGAAGCAGCUGGACAAGAGGGCGUCUGGCCAGAGCUUCGAAGUGAUUCUGAAGUCCCCUUCGGACUUAUCCCCUGAGAGCCCAAUCCUGUCCUCUCCCCCAAAGAAGAAGGAUCUGUCUCUGGAGGAGCUUCAGAGGAGGCUGGAGGCUGCAGAGGAGAGGAGGAAGACCCAGGAGGCCCAAGUGCUGAAGCAGCUGGCGGAGAAACGGGAGCAUGAGCGGGAGGUGCUGCACAAGGCCCUGGAGGAGAACAACAACUUCAGCCGGCUGGCUGAGGAGAAGCUCAACUACAAGAUGGAGCUGAGCAGGGAGAUCCGUGAAGCACACCUAGCUGCCUUGAGGGAGCGACUUCGUGAGAAGGAACUGCAUGCAGCUGAGGUUCGCAGGAACAAGGAACAGCGGGAGGAGAUCUCUGGAUAAAGGGCUUUUCUACACAUCUAGCACAUGAUUCCUGAUAACAAACCAACCAACCCAACACAUUUUAUUUUGUUUGUCUAGAUGCAACAUUCGGUUUGCCAUUUCCUCCUGGUGUUAGUUCCCCAGCUACACGCUUCUCUCUCUCUCUCUCUCUCUCUCUCUCUCUCUCUCUCUCUGCAUCCUUAACUGUUCAGUACUUGUGGGGACUCACAGGCCAUAGGGACCUCUAAGCAGAGUAGCAACUAGUUCACAUGAAAUAUAGAAUCAAACAAUUAACCAAUCAAUCAGCUUCUCUUUGGGGUUUCAUCCUUUUUUAAAAUAUCUUUCUUAAACUGAUGUAAAGGAUUAAGAUAUUAAUAAAUUCAACCAGCAGUGUCAUAGAGAUGCGGAUUUCUUAUCCAGGGCUUUUGGUUUGUGCUUUGAGCCAGACAGCAGUUGAAAAAACAAAAGGGAGUAAAUAGUGAAGGGUACAUUGUUGUGAGAGGGGGUCAUUGAUGGAUCCAUUGUUUUUAGUGGUAGGAGAAGGGAUAGGAGGAGGCUGGGAUGGCUCAGGGAAUGAGUUAGGGUGUGCAGAAUCUUUAAGCUGUAGGUCACUGGUUUGAAGCCAGCCCAGGUAGAUAGCAACUUGAAGUCAUUGUUCUCUGUUUCUUUGGUAACCCAGGUGCAAUUAGCUAAGGGUCUGAGACUAGAGCCUGGUGGACAGGUGCCCACAUCACAAGAAGCACUAGUUGAUAUCCUGGAUGGCCACAGAUUGAAUGAGCCUGGAGACUGAACAGCCCUCUCACUGGUAGAGGCAGUGCUGAGGAGGCUUGUAUUGCCGCUGCCCAUAGUGAACCCAGCGUUACGGGUAAAGAGGGGGCAGUCUCCAGGGCGGUCAAUCCUGCACUUUUCACAAACACUAAAUUUCACACCAUUAAUUAAAAAGUAAAACAGAGCGCACAAUUGUCAAGCAGCCCAUGACCUUUAGCAAAACUCUGUGAUAUGGGAGACUCAUCCUUCUCUCUUCCCAAAGAUGGAUGAGACUCUUCAGUACUAUUCCAGGAGAGACGUUUGGACCAAAGAUCACAGGUUAACCACAGAGCUGCGGUUCUUGGGCAGCAGAUUAUAGGAAGGGACACAGCAAUCCUUUCAAUGGUAUUUCCAAAACUGCAGCUUUGGAGAAGGUGGGGUAGGAAGGGAGACUGCCAGGCAGAGGGCAGGAGCAGUGAAGAGAUGUUCAUUCACCUGCUGCUUGUCUAGCCAUGGAGGUAGAAUUGCAAGGCUUUAAUUCUUCUAGCUCUGACUUCCAAAGCCCACUUUAAGACAGCUGUGUCUCUUCCUAGAAGUAAGGAUGAAUGGAUUACAGCAGUGCUUGGAGGCAGGGGGCAGAAACCUCUUCUUUCAGAUAGCUGGUAAUACUUUCUGAUGUAAAUGGAGAGCUACAGCAGCCUGUGGGCUCUCUUCCCGUCUUACAUCAUGGUGUAUGCCAACAGAAGUAGCUGAAUCAGAGGACGUGCCGAACAGUGAGGAGGCUGCUAUUGCAUCCCAUGGAUCAAAAAGGUGGCAGACUUUUAAUGCUAGCACUGGAUCUGGCCAAAUAACCAGACUGGCAAUUGUAUGCCUAUGUCUAAAGUGCAAGGAGUUGCCAUCUUAACCCUAGUGAAGCCUCUUGAGAGAGGAUGUUCAGGCAGGACUCUGCUUUUGCAGGAACACCCUCUCCUGGCAGGAUUUCACUGAGGAGAACAAUGCAACUCUUUCCUUUUGGACCAUUGAGUAGCAAAGAGUCCUCUCCUUCCAACUCUGACAGCACACCACUACCUGUCUUCCCAACUCGUGAGGCAUUCCCAGGGCAAAGUAGCAGGGUGCUUGGAGCAGGGAUGUAGGCACAAAUACAGGAAAGACUCCAGGACUGAUCCUUACCCUCACUGUACCACAAACUUCCCUCUCUCUGUGGCCAUACUGGAUGCUAUUUGGGAACCCAGAGUGAGCCAAGGGGGCAUCCAGAGGAACAAGAGUCAACUGUUAUUGUGACAGGUGUCCUCUCUGCAUACCGUCUCCAAAGAGCCUCUCUGCAGCCAAGUCCUGCAGCUCCUCCAGGGGGGCUCUGUGGAGUCAGCAUCACCAGGAGUAGCUUAUGCAAACAGCUAGGACACAGUGGGCAUGGACAGGCACUGAGGCAGUUGCCUUUUUCAUUCCUGGCGGUUGUGUGACUUGGGAUGCAUAGGGCAUGCUCCAAGCCAGAGGUGGGGUGAGCAGAUGCGAUACACCAUUUAGACUACAGGAGCCAGGUAGGGACAGGAAGCCAGGGCAGACAGGGAGUCCAUAUCAGGUGUCAAGCUUCCCUUUGCCUCCAUGCCCUGUCUAAAUAAUAGUUGCUGAGUCGGUUCCAAGCUAUCGGUUUUCCUUCUACCAUGUGCUGGCUGCAUGUCAGGAAUCUCCCCCACCCUCCUUGACUGUCACAAGAACGCAACAGUAUGCCAAAGAGGCAGCAGCAGCAGCUGCUGGAAGCAAAGCCCCUAGCCUCUUGCUAGUCAACCACACAAUACGUUCCCCUUUUAAUGAGAGAAGGUCCCUCUCUGGCCACGAGGCUUUGGAUAUUAGGGGAGAGCUCUGCUCCAAAAUGGAAGGGCUAGCUUAUCUACAAAGCCCUCUGCCAAGGUCUGAGGGAGGGCAGGACUGUUAUCAGGCUUCAGCAGUGUUGAGGGACAAGAAGUGAGUUUCGGGCAGGGAGGGGAAAAAAAAAAGAAACUGAGGGUUGAAUUUCUUAACAGUAGCUAAUGAUCAGUUUAUAAGUAGCAGCUGUCUUAGAUAAGCAUCUGUGUAGAAUGCAGAAUCAUCUCAUCCAUAUAGUGACAAUAAAUUUUAAAAAGUUUAAAAAAAAUAAUUAAAAAAGUAAUUUAAAUAAAAUGUUUGUGUGUAAGAAAUGGUUGAAAAUGUCAAAUGUCUGUGUCCCACACCGGUGGGAUCUGAGAAGGUGUCUGCCAGAUAUUAACCCUGUCCUACUCUGUGGUGCUGAGUGUUUGCUUGGUGUGUAAUACUGACCUGGAGCUUGUUGUAAAUACUGUUUUUAGUACUAUGAUUAUUAAUUAUGAUGACGAUGAUCACAAAUGUUGUACUCAUAAGCAGGAGUUUAAAACAAACACAAAGAAACAACCAUUUUCACUCCGAUUCUCCAGUGAGGCUCAAAUGAACCUGGAGGCAGGGCCAGAUUAAGGUAGGAGGUCUUUGUCCUUGAGCUCAGAGUGAGCAGGGGGUCAGAGAGGCAAGUGGCAGCCUAAUGCAGAGCUGACCAUUGCCUCUUGAGGUGGCUGGACUGCUUCAUAUGGAAAGCAAAGCAAGGGCUUAGAAAUAGGGGGGAGACAGGGGUCCUUCAGGCAGGGAGGAUGGGAACUGGGAGAGUUAAUUCAAGGAGUGGAGGGGAAAGGGGGGCUGGGAGAGAUCUAAAACUGGGGCAGAUGCCCUGGAGCCCUAAAUUUGGGGUGCAGUUUAGUGUUAGGCCACUCCUGCUUGGAGGCAGCAAUCUGCUCUGUUUCCUGUUACCAUAGAACAAGGCUGACAAAAGUGGAGGAUUUUGCAUGCAGUAUCGGAGAAAGCGGGGAGUGGCAAAUUGUGCUUGCUUGAAACCUUUCCCUUACCUGUAUGGUUACUGGGUCCCAGGACUUUUGUCUCUGCUUCUUACUUUCCAUCUCAGACGCUUGUGGUUAAGCUGGCAGUUCAAAUCCAGCUAGUGGUACCCUCCACAUAGCUGAAGGCCAGCCUUGAUCUCAGGUGGAGACCUAUUCUUGCAGUAGCUUCCGUAGCAAACACUCACAGUAGUGUUGCAUAAAAGGAUGGUCUGGAAAGUUAGGACCCCAGGGAACAGUGCUCCUGCAGAUCUAAGGGAACCCCAUUUUCCUCCCCUCCACCCCGUUGGUGCUGUAAGGUGCAGUAGACAUAUCUGGAGAAUGCACUAAUGCAGGGUAAAACGUUGCAUCAGGUAGAGAAACAGGGUCACAGAGUUUUGAAUCCAUCAUGUCAGGGUAAUGAGUUUAUCACACCCGAUGGGAUAUGUCACGUCAGGGAAACCAGGUGGACUAAUGUGGCUAGACAAAGAAGGUGGAACAGGGAUGUCAGGGAAAUUAGUUUGUUCAGUGCCACUGGGUCUAUCGGAGCAAUAUUUCCGAUUACCAGGGCUGCAUGCAUCUGGUCCUGCAAUUUCUCUGGCCUGGAAAGACAUCCUGCUUGUAUUGCUGAUAAAACUUUUGCAUGGUCCAGGCUGUGGGGGAAGUAAAUGACAGAUGCAGAGCACCUGCCUGAACGAUGCUGUCCCUGACAGCAUCACACAUCACUUGGAUCUUCAGUUCCCAAACCUGCAGCAGCUUAUACUUAUUUCAUCCCUGGUGAAUUCCAGGAUUGCUAACAACUGGGUGGCUUAUGCCUGAAUAGGGGCUUUUCCCCCAUUAACUUCCUUUAAGCCUUCCCUUUCCUCCCACUCCUCUUGCAGUUUUUCAGCCGUUCCCCUUCAGGCACUUUCUGUGGCAUGCAAUUUCAAAAUUCCUGGAACGCGUCUCAGGAUGGCGCUCCAGGUUCUUUAUUAUUAUUUCUUUCCGACGCUUACUGAUGGGUCUUUCUAGCUGCUAUCACUGAUUGCACUAUUGUAAGAGCAUCUCUAAAUCUGGCCACAUUCGGAGUAGCUAUAGCUUCAUGGCACUCCGUGAAGUUAUACCAGUAGGAAACAGAGUCCCAGAGGGGAACUAAAGGUGCAACAGGGAGGGAGCUGAGAUUGGAAAUAACCCCAAACCCAACCCACCUGCAUGCAAAUGUCAAAAAACUCAUUCUUCCCCUUCUCCCAGACAAAGCAGGGCUUCCUAGCCUGCUAGACAAAAAAAAAUGAACCCGGAGAUAAACUGAAUUUCCAAUUGGCACAAAACACCUUUAUGUUUAGCAAUCCUGGGGCAAGAACCAGAGCAGUCACUCUCACGGUCCAAAUACUAGACCUUCUGCUCGCUUUGUUAUUCAGAGCUAGAGCUCAGAUGGCUGUAGCCAUCAGACUCUCCAGGAUGGGAGGCCCAUAAACUAACCAUGGACCGGCCCUCAGAAAUGUUAAUUUUAAGCAGUCUCACUCCACCCAUGGUUUUGUCAUGUUGUAAAGUGAACCUUGUCUCGCAAAGGCGUGGUAGUUGCCCUACAGGGUAAGCUUUCUGUGCUGCUGGCAAGUCAGACCACUGCAUGCAUGUUGCAAUAGGGGACAAGAGCGGUGAUGCUGCUCCUUGAAAAUUCACGUUGUCUUUCAUUUAGGCCAGUGUGAAUUUCUAACCCUGGCUGUUUAAUUCAUCUCAUGGGCUUUGUUUCAUUCCACUAGACUGCGUUAUUAUUUUGCCCACUUGCAACGGUUGUGGGCACGUAGCUGUGUAUGCUCUGAGAGCGUGCACAAGACACAUGCCAGGUGUGUAUAACCUAUCUAUAUAUACACACAUACACACAACACCACUUGAAACAAGAGGCAGGGAAUGGCUGCUUAUGGUGCUAUAGAUAUUUAUUGUUAACCAUGCAAGGAAUGACAUGACAUUUCAGGACCAAUGACCUCCACCUUUGUAGUCAGGUGUCUUUGAAAUAAAGUAGAACGGGGCACUGGCCAACACUUAGGUCUCUCUAAUGCAGAGCCUACAGGGGGUGAUGGAGAUGACAGUCUUCUCCAGAUGUUGGGUCUGAGCGUAAGGCAACCAGCGACGUGCAAGUCCUCGUCUUGACCGUUCUUGCGGUCUUUGGCAAGCCCCUGGACCUGUCUCUGUCAGUUCUCCCAUCUCCCAAGGGGCAGUGACACUUCCCUACCUCACAGGGGUGUUGUGAAGAUUAAUGAAGUCAUGCUUGCAAAGAGCUUUGGAGACUGUAAGUGCUGAAAUGUUAUAUGAUCAACCCCCACAUACUUAGCACAGCAAAAGAUACCAUGCAUGUCUGCAAGAAGGGGGCUGGAAGUGAUCGGUGUUGCCUUGAGGGUGGGUCAGAACCUCAGGGGUUUGCAAGUUCCCAGGGACGCCCUCGUUCUCUUCUGGAUACGGUUUGGGUGUAAGUGUCAUUGGCCUUGUGCAGGGUGCACUCCACACAUGACACAGUGUGUGCUAUCUUCCUUCUUUCCAAAUACACAGCUCAAUAAUAAACUGUAAUGGUGUUAUGAAUGGACUUACCAUCACUCUAACAGAGCCUUGUCUGGUUCCUUUACGUCUACCACAUGCAUUUCAUUGUCAACUUGAGGUUGUUGUUGUGCAAAAGAAGUGAAUAU